AUGGCAUCGCCUGGCAAUACCAAUUCUAUUAGUAUAGAUCAAAUAAACCAAGAACAAAAUUCCGACACAAAUAUAACACCUCUUCGCUGCAAAGCAGUCGGUUGUGAUUGUGCCCAUUUCGCAAUUAAAGAUGAUACUUCUUGGAAAUGCAUCGAAUGUAAUCACGAUAAAAAAGAACAUGGAAUACGUUUGAAAAGCAAGACCGGAUGUUCUGAUUCAUCUUGUAAUUGUGAAUUAUUUAAACCAUGUAUAGAUAGGUCAGGUUGCUCUACGUGUAAGCAUAGUGACAACGUUCAUGUGCGAUUUAUUUGGGAAGAAAAAUCAGCGCCAGCCGGAACAAUUUGGUUUUACAAUCGCGAUGACCCAUAUUUUUUCCUAACAAAUUUUAUCGAGGGAUACGAAAUAGUAGCGGCAUUACCAGACUCAAUUUGCGAAGGAGGGGAUUGUGGUGGAUUUCCAAAUUCAUCAAAUAACAAUAACAACAACAAUGUUACAAUACAACGUCAUCGAGAAAAAUUAUGGCCGACCAGUGAACAUUUAUUUCAGGCAAUGAAAUUUAAAGACACAAAUCCUAUUGUCGCGGAACGAAUUCGGCUAUAUUGUAGAAGUCCACGAGAAGCGUUGAAUAUGGCACGUAGACAUCAAGAAUACGUGGAUCCGAAAUGGCAAGAGAAAAAUGUGGAUGCGAUGUUUUGGGUGGUGAAGCAGAAAUUUUUCCAACAUGAUGCGCUUGCCAAACAAUUGUUGAAGACAGGGAAUCUAAAGCUAGUUGAACAUACUGAUACGGAUAGAUUUUGGGGUGAUGGCGGAGAUGGAAAUGGACAAAAUAAGUUGGGAAUAGUAUUAAUGAGAGUAAGAGAGUUAUUACGCCAAAGAUACCAAGCACGGGAGAAAAAUCAUACCAAAUCUGAUCGAUUACCACCACAAUUGCCACCACUACAACCACAAUUACCACUACUACCACAACAAUUUCUACAACCAAUUAUUUCGAUAGACAAUGACCAGUGCUACAGUAUUGAAUACAAUACUAUUUAUAAUCAUCCACAUCACCCGUAUAAUCAUCAUCACGGUUGA